CUUUUCUUUAUCCUGAUGCGCAAUUUUGUCCGGGACAAAAUGUCGCGCGUGUUUUAUCGCGGAAUAGCAUCGUUGAAUUUAGCAAUUCGACUUGGGUUAUCUCGACGAUUAAAUACGGCGAGAUAUACCUACAAUUUUUAAAGUUAAACCUAAGCAGCACUACUUCGUAAAUGUUCAAACGAAAAAGUAGCUUUGAACUUGUCGUCCGUUUUAUCUUGAAUUAUUGCAUAUACGAUUACGAGUGAUUUGUAUGUUUGUUACAUAAAUACUAAACAACUUGUUCGGACAAAAUAUCGUACAGAUCCCUCGUGACAGAUAUCGAUCGCGUGAUAUGCUAUCAUUCACGGAUCUAUCACGAGACGCAUUGUUUUACGUCAUUCAGUAAAUCACAAUCACGAUUUGUCGUGGUUUUAUCCUUAUCACAUAUAUCUCUUUCGGAUCUUCUCGAAUCCACUCCAGAUUACGAAAAAACGUAUCUAGACGAUGUUAUCGUCCCAUUUCAUUAGGAAUCCAAUCUAAAUAAUCGAUGACAAUGCACAGUGGCGAUAUAUGUUUUUUCUUUUCUAUUAUACGAGAUUAUACGUAUCAACAAUUGCGCCAUAACGUUUACUCACACUGAUCACAUUUUUCCUUUUUUCUGCAAUUGCUAAACCAGUAUUACGCGAUGCAACAUUGCGUCUUUUUCUAUUUCAUAUGAUUAAAAUGACACAAAGGAAUGAAACACGCCAAUUGUUCUUUAUCGGGCUUACAAUCACGAAAAUUUUCAGGACAGUGAAGAGAUUUUCCGGCGAAUAAAUACUGAGAAUUGUACAUUGCGAAAUAUUUUAUCGUCAUAUGUGUUAUCUAUAUAUCGGCAUAAUUAUAAUACACGUUCAAUGAUUGCGCGAUGAUUCGCAAACUACUUUGUACCGGUAUAGAUGUUAGUAUGCGAAAAUUUUUUUUCUCGAAUUUGUUAUAAUCUAUAUGAGCGUAUUGAGAAGAGCAGAGAGAGAGAGGGAGAGAGAGAGAGGGAGAGGGAGGGAGAGAGAAACGUAGUUGAACAAAUUACCGACAACUUUUGUAAAGACUCAUAAAAUUGAGUUUUGUGAUAAGAGAAAGAAGAAACCAGAACAGAUCGUUACUCUGUUACGUGUCAAAUAACUUAUCUCUAUGUGAAUCAGAGUAUGUUCAUUCCGAUCGGGAAGAUUAUCUGAUACGCGAGGAUCGCGCGUAUCGUACACUUGGUCUUGUGUAAAACUUUGCCGAUCUUCUUGAGUGAAUGUUGACGAUCCGCAGAACUGCACGGGCGAUUUGUUUACCACUUGCCUGUGGUCGCGUUAAUUCCAUGUUCCAUCGUCGGUAGACUACCGUGCAAUUAACAUUAUAGAUAUUCGCUAUCGUUGUACUUACUCAUUGCGAAUGCAAAACACAAACGGCUUGUUAUCAUUGUUAUUAUCGAUCACUUAUCGGGUGUUUAAAAGUUUUGGCAUAAGAAUAUAAUACUUUGGGGUUAUCGUGACACACCUGCUACUUAAGUGAAAUUAUAUCGACUCUGUCGAGCCGACUUGCGCGCGAAGAAUGCCAAGAGAAUGAAAACUUAUUUCUCUCUCAUUUGACGUACUUAAAUGGCUUUGUUGUAACUUACUACCAUCAGUAAUGCUGUUAAAAUCAUUUCCCACAAUCGACUGAUUGAAUACUUUGAAAUUGAUACACGGCUCUCUGUAAUUUUUUCUCAAGGACGCGGUGAGUUGCAUCCUUCUUUUUUCUUUCGCAUCCGAGCAACUUGAUUAUAGCUUACUUAACUCGGUUAUUUAACUAUCGGUAGCAGUACUCAAGCGGACAUUAAUUCUGACAUCGACAACGAUCAUCUCUCAACAUUGCAAUGGCAUUGAAUGAAUUCUUACGUGCGUGAUAAGUGAAAACGAUAACCUUGGAACCAGGCACCUUCAAACACUGCUCAUGUUCCUGGGCAUGACGCUCGGCUACUGCCAAAGGGUCGGGAUGUCGGUGGCUAUAGUGCCGAUGAUAAAUGCAAGCACCGCGAAUCCAGAUUUCGAGGACUAUAAAUGGGAUAAUACGGAGAAGUCGUUGGCGCUUAGCUCGUUUUUCUGGGGCUACACAGUGGCGCAAGUGCCGAGCGGCUACGUCGCCGGUAUUUGGAGCGCUCAGAUGCUCCUGAGUGUGGGCAUGCUGCUAUGUGGUAUCUUCAACGUAAUCACGCCGUUCGUCACUCAUCGAUGGAACCUGGUAGCCGUCUGUGUUUGCAGGGUAGGCAUGGGUCUCACUCAGGGUUGCCUGUUACCUUGCGUUCACACCCUCCUCUCCAAAUGGGCGCCGCCUCCCGAGAGGGCACGAUUGGGAACGUUCGCUUACGCGGGCGCCCAAUUCGGCACGGUAAUCGCCCUGCCGAUUUCCGGCGCUCUCGCCGCGUCCGCUGGUGGUUGGCCCAGCAUCUUCUACCUGUUUGGCGCGUUAGCGAUCCUCUGGAGCGUGUGUUUCUUUCUCCUCGGGGCGGAUUCGCCGUUCAAGCAUCGCAGCAUCUCCCAAGAAGAAAAAGAGUAUAUCGAAGAGAGUCUGAGGACCACUGAACGAAAAGAGGACCCUAAGGUCAAACAGAAACUACGAACCCCAUGGCGAGAGAUCUUCACCUCGUGGCCGAUGUGGGCCAUCAUCCUCGCCCAUUGCGGUCAAAAUUGGGGCUACUGGACUCUACUGACCGAGAUGCCCACCUACAUGAAGAAGGUGUUGAAUUUCAAUAUCGAGGGGAGUGGCGGAUACUCCGCCUUACCGUACUUAGCGAUGUGGAUACUCAGCUUCCCCGUCAGUUGGCUGUCCGACUUCGCUUUGGAGAAGGGCGCGUCGCGAGGCUUGGUCAGGAAGCUAUCCAACACGAUGGCGUUUUGGGGCCCGGCCAUCGCUCUAGCCUGCAUGUCGGUUAUACCCAGAAACAAUUCCACCUAUGCCCUUGCCCUCCUUAUCGUCGCGGUAGGCCUGAACGCCGGUUCUCUCUGCGGCUUUCAAGUGAAUCAUAUCGAUCUCAGCCCAAACUACGCCGGCACCAUGAUGUCCAUCACCAAUUGCAUAGCCUCCGUGGUUGCCAUACUCGCACCGUUGAUCUGUGACCAGAUUAUCAUCACCGACGAGACCAACGUACAUCAGUGGAACAACGUGUUCUACGUAUCGGCGGCGAUCUACUUCUUGGGUAAUCUAGCGUUCGUGAUCUUUAGCAAAGGUGAAGUGCAAUGGUGGAAUGAUCCUGACGAGGUCGAGGCGCGACGGCAGAAACGGAGAAGAAAGAACGAUAUGAUCGAAACGCAGACCUGAGAAACUUUCAUGUUAAAUGUGAUGUGUUGAUUUUAAUGUUAUGAACGAAUGUUCUAUGGCACCAGACUUCAGAAUGAGAAUUAUGGGACCAUCGUCAUAUAUUUAUUGUCGCCUUUGACGGGCACGUACGCGUUGCUGUGUGUACUGAUCAGUUCAGUUUUAUAUUAACCGAUGUUACGUGCUCGUCGCUCAUUCCCUUUGUUCGUUCGUUCGUCAACGCUUUCAUAAUCAUUAGCUCGACCUUUGAACGUAACGGAUCUUUUAAUCGCUGUCUGCGUUAAGAACGGUUCUUCAUUUUUUAUCUAGGCCGAUUUUGUGCACUGCCGCAUACAUUUAAUAUAUGUAUAUAUGCGAUAUAUCGAAGGUCGCGCAUAUAUCUGUGCUUUAGAUAUGUUAGAGUGAGAUAUAAGUGAGAUAUAAUUGAGAAAAGAACGAUCAGAAAAAAAAAGGAAGGAAAGAGAAAAGAAAAAGAUCGUUCCUUCUCACAGUCGAUGAUAUAUUUUCCGGGAGAUUAGUCGUAAGAGACCUGUCAUGGAGAAUUUCUUUGUUUUUUGGAGUAAUUAUAAAAAUUAUUUUAUCAUAAGACGAAUGUGUGUGAAAGACGAUAUGCAUUCGGUGCGUAACCGAAGUGAGUGUUCUAUAAUGCAGCUCACUGCGUUAUUCGUCAUCGAGCGUUAUUUAACGAACAUUCACUGCAUCAUUUGGCGCAAAUAAAACUUGAUAACUUCUUUUUAAUGAUACGUUGAUAAACAAUUUGAUGGACUGACAGAUUAUUUGAAAUAAAUUGAUAAAUCAUUUUCAAUUA